CCCCCGACAUAUGUAUAUCAACCGUAUGAAUAUCGCGACACACGUGCCCCGUCGGUGCGAUUGAACCAGGUAUAUAUUGCCGGUUGGGAAUCUCGGUCGCGGUUGCGAUACGCGAGGACACGGGGAAGAACGUGAGAGAGGAGAAUCCUGCGAGACAGAGAGAGAGAGAGAAAUAAGUCUCCCGGGUUGAAAAUAAGAAAGAGAGGAAAAAUACGGGGGGAGAUCGCGCGCGGUCUUGCCUCCCCCGGUCUUCGGGUAAUGGAAUGCCACCGAAAGGGCGAAAAAGAGUAGAAAAAACAAAACCCUCAGAGAAUGCCGACGAAACCUUGAGGAGAAACUAGCGAAUGAGAAAAGGGCCCCCCUUCUGCCCCCCUAUCUUCCGAACGAUCAUCACGUUUCGCUUCGAACGAGAUCGGCAGUUCUAAAAGUAGCGUUUUGACGUUCGAAUUAUACCACACGUUUUUUAAAAAACUGUUGAACUCGCAACUAAAUAAAAGAGAUGACAGACACGGAUCCGCAGUUCAAGCGUCUUUUGCUGCCAACCGAGGAAACUGUGUUCGAACAGUUGUUGAGAUUCGGCCUGUACGUGGGAGCGGUGUUCCAGGUGAUGUGCUUGCUGGCCAUAGUGAUAUAUCAGGCAGGACCGUCUGAUGGUGUCGCAGCUUUAAAGGACGACCCCAGCGAUGUGGAGUGUUCCGAGAACAGUCCUCAGGUGACACCCAGAAGACCCCAUCGGCCUCGCAAGCAAGAGAAGAAGAAGAGACGUUGACGCUUCCCUUCUCUCUCUUUGUAUUAAUCUCACAUUCUAAUAUAUAUAUACAUUGUGAUCGAAAUAUUUAUACACCAACUGUUCAGAGAUAACUAAACAAUUGUCCAGACACUUGUUUCGUUUCUCUCAAACAACACACGUAUGUAAAUAACAUUUACUGAAAUGAAAUAUUUUGUGCAAUAUACAGAACCUGUUUCAAAGA